CAUUUCGGUGGUUGUUGUUGUUGCUUUGCUUUUUUUUAUUUGUUGUGAUAGGUUUUCUUUUUGUGUGAAAGAAUUUCUAAUAGUAGCAAAUAAAACACAAAUAUUACCAGCAAGCGAAAAUGUAACCGGGCAAUUAUUGGUGUUAAUAACUAGAAAAAUAUUUAAUUGUUUGCAACAGAUCCAAAAAAAUGACCUCUUCGAAUGACGACACCGAAAAGCAGAAGACAACAACAAAUUGCUGUCAACCGAACGAAUGUAGGUAUUUGCAUGAUCUUCAAGACUUUCUUCGCGAUGUGACGAAAGAUGCUGUGAGUAAUAAUGCAAAAGUAGGCACUGGAGUAGCUGGAGGUGCCACUAGCAACGAUAGUGGAGGAGGAGGGGAAUUGCGGUCUUUGAUAUUAACGCGCAAUACUACAGAAACAUAUCCCGUCACUGAAACGGAACUAGAUGCUGAGGUAAUCACGCAUGUUUGGCAUAGAUUACAACAAUGUCCGGAACAUUUUCGCCUGGGAUUGGCCAAAUUGGCUGAAGAAGAAAUAGGCCAAGAGUUGAAAACCCCCAAAGUUCGUGAGGAACUGGCGGCUACCAAACAAUGUGAACGCGAUAAUGUUGAUGUCAAACAAAGGCCUUUUGAUUUGGCCAAAUUGCAAAAAUUUAUAACUCAAUAUUUGGAGAAAAUUUUCUUACGUCUCUCCGACAACUCGAAAGAAGAUAUAUUGAUAACCUAUGCUGAAUGUAACAGAAAUGCUAAAGGCAAAAGUGUGCCUGCAAUUGAAUUGCCACUCUAUGCUGCCAUGCUUAUAAAGAACAAACCUCGAAAAAUGGAAGAUCGCCAUAUAUGUCUGCCCAGGUUUGGAGACAUGUACGAACUCGAAAAUCAAUACAGUUUCUUUGGAGUUUUUGAUGGGCAUUCGGGCUCAUUGGCGGCGGUAUAUGCGGCUAACCAAAUACCAUUUCAAAUAGCGAAACACCUGAAAAUUAUGAACGCGACAUCGAAUCAAACAGAAACUGAUUACUAUAGGGAAGUUCUGGAAGCCAGUUUUAUAAAAGCGGAUGCUAAUUUUGUCGAAAAAGCCCUAGGCAGUGGGACCACUGCCGUGUGUGCCCUGCUAAAGUACAAUACAAAUAACAUACAUCACCUUUAUGUCGCCUGGGUGGGUGAUUCUCGAUGCCUACUGGUGUCGCCCAGUGUAUCUUUGCAGUUGGUUAAACCUCAUAAGCCUGAUUCAAUGGAUGAGAGAAAACGUAUAGAGUCGGCAGAAACUGGAGGUGCUGUGGUAAUUGUACAGGGCCAUUGGCGAGUAAAUGGCAUUAUAAACGUUUCACGCUCUAUAGGUGAUCACUCUGUAAAAGCGGUUAUAGCUGAACCCGAUUUUGUGGAUGUUCCCUUGCAGGCUUCUCACGACUUUCUGAUAUUGGGAUCCGAUGGUCUGUGGGAUCAUGUCUCCGAAACGGAAAUCGUCAAUUGCACAUACAAAGCCUUGUUGGAUACAGAGCAGAAUUUCGAAGAUAUCCCCAGGCAUUUAAUAGAAUUGGCCAAACAAGGAGAUUCACAGGACAAUAUAACCGCUAUCCUGGUACUGCUAAAAGAUCGCUCAAAUAUCAUUGCAAAUUACACAAAAUGUUGCAUGGGAAAACCUGCAUAGGCUUGCAAUUUCCAUUAUCAAAUAUGCGAACAUUCUACUACUUCCAACAACAAAUUUUUAGGGAAACAAACUCUGAAUAAAAUCGCAGCAGAAAUUGCAAUCAAUUUCCUUAAUCAUAUAAAUCCUUUUUGUACACAUACGAUAUAGUGAACUAAAUGUAAUAUGUUGAUGCUUUCCUUAAUUGUAAUUACAUUCAAUUUAUAUGCAAUAUAUAUAUGAACUAGUAUUAGCGUAGCCGUUAUUUACAUUGUACGUCUACAAAAGCGCCUUAGUUUUAUCGCAAGUAGUUUUGAACAUUUUGUUAAUUUAUUGUUUAAUUUUCUCCAUUUUGUCCAAGGAAACUUCAAGCUUCAACAAAAUUAUUGUGCCUGUUAAUUACUACUACCCCACAACAACAAAAAAUAAGAAACAUACAACGACACCAAUAUAUGUACUUUUGAAUUUCGUAAUUAGCGCAUAAUUAUAUGAAAUAUUUACACACACAUAACACACAAGCCUAUACAUACAUAUACGAAAGUUAAUUUUUUAAAACCACCCUACAGUAUAUACAUAAAUAUAUAUAUAUACAUACAUCAUAAUAUAUCAAUGUACAUUUAUAAAAGUUCAAAUAUUUUUAACAGAAAAUAUUGUCUUGUGACAAAAUAAAAACAAAAAAGAUUUUAAA